AUGGCGAGCAUUGACAGGACGAUCGAGGCUCCGAUCAUAGCAACUGAAUUUGUAACAGAUCCAGCAGCUCCGGCAUCAGGACCUGGAGCUGGAGACAACGAGGGACUGAGAUCUUGGGCUGAGGCUACGGUGGCGGCAAAGACAAAGACAAAAAGGAAGGAGAAGAAUUUCAUUGCAGAAGAUGAUGCCAUUGUAAAACUGUGGAAUUUUUUUAAGUAA